CGGAAACAUGAAACCUGGUCCAUGUGCGCCAAGUCCGUCCUCCGCGCUCCCGGUUCCUUCAGCGCCAAAUCUGCUCCGCAUUAUCAGGCUUUGUUUGGCUUUCUCGGACCAGCGUGGACACUGAUAGGGAACUUCUUUUCUUCUUUUUCCUUUACCAACCGCACUUUGAUUUGAUCAUUUGAGCCAUUCUCUCCUUGACGCGUGGUCUGGAUCUCCCUGCUACCCGCACGUGGAUCCGGAGUCUUUCUCUCAUUCCAUCUCUCUCUCCAGCUGACGAUGCGCGAGGUUACGGUGGUAAACUAAACUCAAAAAUCAAAAGAGACGCGGAAUCACUGCCUGCAUCCUUCAUUCUGUCUCUGUUGCCUCUCCUCGUCUUUAAUAUAACGCUGUCUCUGCGAUGUAAAAAUACACUUUUUUUUCUUCUUUUUUUUGUAUCCACGAAGGAUUUAACCUUUUUUUUCCCGAGGAAAAUUAGUUAUGGAGACAAUGAAGUUGAGCAUGCGUUUUGUUCUGGUUUUAUUCGGAUUAUUUUUGCUCUGUUCUCCAUCUGCGAGAGCCGAGCCGGAGCAGCAGGAGGAAGAGGAGGAGGAGAGCUCAUGUCAGGGCGCCUUCGACCUGUACUUUGUGCUUGAUAAGUCUGGCAGUGUGAAAGAUCACUGGGAUGACAUAUACCUCUUUGUGGGGAAUUUAGCGGAGAAAUUCAAAAGUCCCAUGCUGAGGAUGUCCUUCAUAACGUUCUCCUCCAGAGCAUCCACCAUCAUGAAACUGACGGAAAACAGAGAGAACAUCAGAAAGGGGCUGAUUGCUCUGAAAGACGAGGUUCCUGGUGGAGACACGUUCAUGGACCUCGGCUUGCGCAGGGCGAACGAGCAGAUCCACCAAGAGAACUUUGGCCCGGCCAGCGUGAUAAUCGCGCUGACGGACGGAGAGCUGCUGGAACAUCAUCUCAUCUCUGCGCAGCAGGAGGCGGAGAGAGCCCGGUCUCUGGGAGCUAUCGUGUACUGUGUUGGCGUCAAAGACUUCAAUGAGACGCAGCUGGCCACUAUUGCGGACACCAUCGAGCACGUGUUUCCUGUGUUGGGCGGCUUCCACGCCCUGCGAGGAGUCAUUGAUUCGAUCAUCAAGAAGUCUUGCAUUGAGAUCUUGGCAGCGGAGCCCUCCAGGGUGUGUGCGGGAGAGUCUUUCCAGGUGGUGGUGGGAGGAAACGGCUUUCUCCACACCAGGAACAUCAACCAGGUGCUCUGCAGCUUCAAAAUCAACGAGACCGUUACAGUCAAUGAAAAGCCGGCUGAGGUAAAAGACACAUUCCUAAUGUGUCCGGCUCCGGUCAUCGAAGAAGUUGGGAAGGUGAUCUAUCUGCAGGUGAGCAUGAAUGACGGUCUGUCCUUCAUCAGCAGCGACGUGCACUUCACCACCGUUGAGUGUUCUGACGGCACAAUUCUCCUGAUCUCCCUGCUGGUGUUGUUCCUGCUGCUCGCGCUGCUCUUCAUGUGGUGGUUCUGGCCGCUGUGCUGCACUGUGGUGAUCAAAGAACCACCUCCUCCACCUCCUCCCGAGCCUGAGAGUUCAGAUGACGAAGACGGCCUGCCCAAGAAGAAGUGGCCCACCGUGGACGCCUCCUACUACGGAGGAAGAGGAAUCGGAGGAAUCAAGAGGAUGGAGGUGCGUUGGGGAGGGAAGGGCUCCACCGAGGAGGGGGCGAAGCUGGAGAAGCCAAAGAACGCCGUGGUGAAAAUGCCCGAGCAGGAGUACGAGCCCUUCGAGCCCAAACCCAAGAAACCCCACAGCAAGAGGGCGCCUCAGGACCGGAAGUGGUACACGCCCAUCCGGGGUAAACUGGAUGCGAUCUGGGCUUUGUUUUGCCGCGGAUACGACCAGGUGUCCCUGAUGAGACCCCAGCCCGGCGAUAACGGUCGAUGCAUCAACUUCACGAGGGUGAAAGAAGAGUCAGCGGCAGUCAAGGCCCCACCUCGCACCCCGAUCCACACCCCCUCGCCCCCGCCACCGGACUACCACCCCGCGCCCACUUCCCCGCCCCCCACCGCCGCCGGCCCUCCUGCCAGAUCCCCCCCUUCAGGCCAGGUGCCCCCGGGGCCGCCGCCGUCACGCACGCCCCCGGGGCUUCCCUGCGCGCCGCCGUCGCGUCCCCCGCCCAGCCUGUGACUCUGAAACACACAGACGGGAAAAAGAAAAAAGAAAAAAAUCCCCGUCCCGCCCCGUCCCUCCGUCCCCCCCCCCAACGCACCCGCUAUGAUGUCACAGACUCGCCGCUCUGUUGACCGGUUCUUUGAGUCGAAGGUGAUGUUCCUCGCGCCAUGAGCCAAGGAGCCACAGUGUUUUCAGUCCCAGUCGCACUCUGUUCCUCUUCUUGUGUGUGAGAACGUCGAGUCAAACUGCACAAAGCCAUUGAAGUCAUUUCCAACUAAAAACCUGCGUCUCUGUGUGGUUGUUUAAUGUUGCGUUGGAAGGAAAGAAAGCAGUUUGACCGGACGCGUCGUCCCACACAGAGGCUGGACGGGGGGAUUCGGGCACAUUUAUUUUACUUAGCGUUGGCGUUUGUGAGAUCGUGGUGGAUUGUUGCUGGACAGCAAAGCAUGUAGGCAUAAUAGAAGAAACACAGAAUAAAACAGCAGUUCAUCAACUAGCGGCUGACUGCGUCUUCAGCCGAAAAGUAGGUUGAGAAACUGAGUGAACCCGGUUAAACGUCGAAUGGACUGGAUUUCUCCGUUGCUGUCACUGUGAAUCAGAGGUUUUGGGAAUUAGAUUUCACUUCGUGUUGAUGAACUUAGUCGGUGUUGAUUAACCGAGAUAAAGAAUAUCAGAUUUGCCCAGAAAGAGUAAUUUGACAAAUUAGAGCUGGUCACUGCUGUCAGUGUCAAAGGGGUUUAUUUCUUCACCUUUUUGUGAUGUUUCUUCUAUCCAACCACAUGCUAAAAUAUGACCAAGCGACCAAGCAGAAAUGAUACAGUAACAGCCUUUUGUGGGCCAGUUUUUGUCCAAUUAGUGACAAGGAAGUGUACAGAUGUAAUGUGGAAGGUAUGUUUUUACAAUGUGUGAUACGUUUUGGAUCGUUACGUUGGUCGAUAUCUUUGAGGUUUUGGAUUUCGUCCUUAACUCCCAUUUAUUGUUCAUUGAACUUAGAAUACAGCAAUAUAUAUUUUAGGGUUUUUGGUAUCUGCGUAAAUAGACUGCUGGACAACUACAGUAUGCAUUCCUUUUUGUAGCAUUUGGACAUUUUUCAAAUCUGACAACCAGAAAUCAGGUUGACGUCUCCCCCACACCUUUUCAUACACAGUCCUCAAACUGUACUUUAAAACCAUUAUGUGUGUUUUAUCAUCACCGGUCACAUUGCAACUGCAGGGCAGUUCAAGGAGCAUCUAAUUUAUUAUACUCCCGGGAGAAAUGGUGGAGUACCUGAAUAUCGACAAGGUGUCCAACCACAAAGACGGACACUGUGCACAGAAUUUUGAUACGCAACGGCUGGCCAGUUCAAAGUGAGCAGCGUUUCACGACCCCUCCGCUACACAGAAACAUUUGAAACCGGAUGUGAACCGUCACUGUUUAUUCGUUAAAAAAAAACUCAAAUUUCAUAAAGCUUGGUGUGCGUUACGCAUCUCGUAGGUCCUCGCUGGCAUUUAGGCAGUGACUAGAUGUUGAAUUGGGGAAAUGGACCUGGAUAACGGACAGAACUGGGACAUUUUGACUUCAAUGUGUAGAAAUGAGGUUUAAAAAAAAGCUGGUAUUGCUUGUUUUUUUCCACUUCCUUCCGGGAUUUACUACUUCUUUGAUUCUUUUAUACUUUCAUUAUGAAGAAGGUCUGACAUUAUAACGUGUAACCUUUUACUAUGUGCAUUCAUUAUCGCUCUCACUGCCUUAAAGCGGAAAUAUGGAGCUCAGUUAGAGAAACGUGCUGCAUAUUCCAAUUUCGCAAGCAAUUUCUAGCAUUACAUUUGUCUAUAUUUCCCCUUAUAGUUAUAGAGAUAAGAAACGCAGAGAUGACCGUUUGCUUGUUUUGUCUCUGACCAGAACUUGGAUGCGAUCUUUCACGCUUCCAUUCACACAAACCAAGGUUUAAAACAAUUACAGUUGGGGAGACUGAAGAGAUUUUGUUUUUUAACAGUGUGGUGAUUCAGUUCCACUCUUUGCAUUAGAUGCUGCAAUGUGGGGAGAUCCGUGUUUGAAGGGGAGCGUGUGCAGCUCGAUGAGGUAAACCAUGUUACCUAUAAACAGCAGUACUGAAGCAAACACCAAAGACUUAUAAUCAUUUUACCUUGUUGAUUGAAAUGACUUUGCUUUUUCUUUUUUCUUUUUUUAAACGGUAUCAAUAAAAGUUGACUUCCAAGCUUCUA